AUGCCAAGACGUUCUCGUCAGCUCUCGCUCACUACCAAGUGGCGACCAACCAGUUCUUGCACGACAUUGCCGGGAUCCAGGGUCAACUUGAACUCGUCUGUCUCGAGUGUGUCAAGCGCGCCCACGCCCGUGCUCCAGUCAUCGCUCACAAGCUCGUACCAGAAGCACGUUCUACAGAGCCAUCAUGAGAUUGGAAGUUCUAGACCCCACGCUACGUCGGCAAGAGGUCUAGAAGCUCCAGAAGCUCCUCAGGCCACGCUUUUUGCGCCUCGACGUCCAGUUGGUGCUGUUCCUGAGCUUUUCGUGACUUUCCGACACGUUUUGCUUUCUGUGGACAUCCCCGUGCCUUCUGCAGCAGUAGCAGCUCAAGCUAGUUCAGGUCAACUGAGUCGAGAGUCACUCGCUGCCAAGCACUUACCGACCAUACCAAAUCAUGUCCGAAAUAUUGUAGGAGGACUCACUGCAAACAGGACGUUUGUCCGUCGACAGCUUCUCAAGAAUGUGACUGGAGCUUUCACACCGGGUUCGAUGACACUGGUACUUGGACGCUCUGGAUCGGGCAAGUCCGUGCUGCUCAAGCUAUUGAGUGGACGUUUCAAUGUCAAUGGAAAGAGCGUGACGCUAGAUGGCGAAGUUUCGUACAAUGGGUUGAGUCGGGAUCAGCUCACGUCACAGCUCCCACAAUGUGUGGCGUACGUGCCGCAGCAGGACACGCAUCUGCCUGCAAUGACAGUGAAGGAAACACUGGACUUUGCAUUCGAUUGCUGUGCGAUUCGCGCUGAUGCAAAGCCUGUGAGUGCUGUGUACAACGCGCCUACGUUGGAGCACCCGGUCGCGCUUCCAACCACGUAUCUUGGUGGCGAGCGAGACCCAGUGGCUGUGACACGGGAACUCGGUUUGACACACUGUCAAGGCACCAUCGUUGGCGACGAACGCAUUCGAGGCAUCUCUGGGGGUGAAAAGAAGCGCGUGAGUACGGGUGAAAUGGCGUUUGGUCCGCAUGCUGUGUCCAUGAUGGACGAGAUCACGACAGGGCUUGACAGUUCUGCGGCUUUUGAUAUCGUAAAUGUGCAGCGUCGUCUGGCUCGACAGCAACGACAGACAGUGGUGAUAUCAUUGCAGCAGCCUGCACCUGAAGUGUUGGCACUUUUUGACAACGUGUUACUGCUGGCUGAAGGCGAAGUACUGUACCACGGAUCUCGUGCUCAUAUCCAGGCAUACUUCGAGGCGCUGGGCUUUGUUUGUCCUCCUGAGCGCGACCUCGCUGACUUCUUGUGCGAUCUGGCUUCUCCGGAGCAAGUUCAGUACGAAACUUCUCGUAUGCCAAUGUCCGGGAGGCGCCGCCACCCUCGCAGUGCGAGCGAGUUUGCUGAUCUAUGGAUUAUGUCACCUAUGUACGAGGCGAUGGUGGAAGAAUUGGACUAUCUGGACAAAGAUACGAAGACGUGCAGUCAAGCAUAUAGUAAGAAUGGUGAGAGAGAGCUGUACUUUGAUCAAGAAGCACUGCUGCGAGUCCCAGCAACUCGUCAAAGCUACUGGUGCAGCACGUCGAUCGUGGUGAAGCGACAAAUGCGUUUGGUUAUACGCAACAAGGAAUUAUGCGCUGGUCGACUGCUGCUGGAUCUACUGGUUGGCCUAAUGGUGGGUGCAAUUUACUAUAACAUGGACCUAGCGGACCCACAAGUUACAGUCGGCGUGGUCUUCUCAUGCGUGUUGUUUCUCGGACUUGGUCAAUCGGCGGCGCUCGCACCAUUUUUUGAUGCACGGGGUGUAUUUUAUAAACACCGCGGUGCUAACUUUUACCGCACGUCCAGCUAUGUUCUUGCCUCGUGUGCCAGUCAUCUACCACUAGCACUUAUUGAAGCGCUGGUCUUCAGCUCACUGGUCUACUGGAUGGGUGGAUUCACUGCAACUUUCGAGCAUUUCAUGGUGUUUGUUACGUACAUGCUCCUGACAGUGCUGGUGUUCAUUGGCGAGUACUUUUUUCUGGCUGCAGCAUGUCCGACACUCCAUGAAGCCCAGUCAGCUUUGACAUUGGCACUGCUUUUGUUCAUACUCUUUGCCGGCUUCGCAGUUUCUCGUGAACAACUUCCGUGGGCUUUGCGAUGGAUUUACUGGUGCAACCCCCUUGCGUGGGCGAUUCGCGGGAUCAUGGUGAGCCAAUAUCGUAGCAGUGAGCUGGAUGUCUGCGAAUACGGAGGGAUUGACUACUGCAAGACGUAUCAAGGGCAGACGUUAGGCGAUUACUCUCUUGGGUUGUAUGAUGUUCCCGGUGAACCCAAGUGGGUUAUGCUGGGAAUGCUGUUUCUCGCACUAGUGUACGUCGCAACCAUGCUCAUGUCAUACGUGAUGCUGAAUUACUAUCGUCAUGAGGCUAUUCCAGCAUUGCCACUAUCGUGCAACCCGUCAUCAGGUUUUUUUGGCGAUACGGUGAUGACACCGAGACAACCAAACGAGUCAUACGCUAUGUUGUCUACGCCUCGAGGGAACGAAGACGAUAUGCAGGAGAGUGAUUUGGUUGGGUUUCCGCUCCGCGACGAUGGCAACGAUCUCGUCGCUUCGGGUGGAGGUGAUGUCGGCCUGGGCGGCUCGUCUGUCGUCUCACAAGGGCUCAAAACGAACCCUGAGGACGUUGUGGUACACUUGACACCUCGACGGGACGUGCUACCUGUCACGCUUGCAUUUCAAGAUUUGCGGUACAGCAUUUCUGUCCCCACAGGUGCUAUCGAUGUAGACGGACAAGCAGAAGGUGAAGGAGCUCCAGGUGGCCCAGUUGCUGUUGAUGCUCGUGCGAACACGAGUAAGAAGAAGGAAACAGUGACUCGAGAGUUACUGAAGGGUGUCACAGGGUAUGCAUUGCCUGGCACAAUGACAGCACUGAUGGGCUCUACUGGAGCUGGAAAAACUACGCUUUUAGACGUCCUAGCUGGUCGAAAGAGCGGAAAAACAGGCAGCAAGAAUGGCACAUCAACUUUACGAGGCAGGGUGCUGCUGAAUGGAGUUGACGCUACAGAACUCGCGGUGCGUCGAUGUACGGGUUAUUGUGAGCAAACGGAUGUGCAUUCUGAAGCAGCGACAUUCCGAGAGGCAUUACAGUUUUCGGCGUAUCUCCGUCAAAGCGACCAAGUUGCACCCGAUAGGGUCGAAGAGAUUGUCGACGAGUGCCUGGACUUGCUGGGACUAAAUGACGUAGCUGGUCGGUUGAUCCGUGGCAGCUCGAGUGAGCAGCUCAAGAGACUGACUCUAGGCAUCGAACUCGCUGCGCAGCCCAGUGUACUAUUCCUCGAUGAACCAACGAGCGGUUUGGAUGCUCGAGCUGCAAAGUUGCUGAUGGAUGGUGUUCGCAAAGUGGCGGAUUCGGGACGGACGGUCAUUUGUACGAUUCAUCAGCCAUCUACUGAAAUCUUCUUGCUUUUCGAUAGCCUCUUGCUUCUCCAGCGCGGUGGCGAGACCGUGUACUUUGGUGAAUUGGGCCACAAUGGUGAAACGAUAGUAAACUACUUUCAGGGAUUGAGCUCGCAAUGUCGUGUGCCGCCAUUUGAACCAGGCGACAAUCCGGCCACCUGGAUGCUGGAUGUGAUUGGUGCAGGUGUUGAGAGGAUGAAGCCAAUGUCGUCGCUCGCGCGCAAGUUCAGACGCCCUGAUCCACGUGCACUGAAAAAUUAUCGUUUACAACAACUGGAUGGAUCGUUCAAUUCGUCCGCUAGCGUCGAGCACAAGCGGCAAAAUCGUGCUGAAAGUGUGGACUUUGUAGCAGCGUACAAGUCUAGCCGCAUCAAGCAACGUCUGGAUGUCAAGCGUGCUGCACCAGGAGUGUUUAUGCCUUCGGAUCGGUUGCCGCCCGUGACCUUUGCUCAACGUCAAGCAGCUAGUGACCGACUGCAGUUCGCGAUGCUCCUGCGCCGGUUCCUGCGGCUUUAUUGGCGCACACCGCUUUACACGCUUACUCGAAUGGUGACUGCGCUGACUCUCGGCUUGGUGUUUGGACUGGUAUACUCUGGCACCAAUGAUCUCACCACGUACCAGGGUGCUAACGGUGCCGUGGGUUUAAUUUUCUUCUCGACGUGCUUUUUGGGCGUUGGAGCCUACGUCCAGGUGCUCCCACUGGCAUUCGAAGAACGCGGCUCAUUUUAUCGUGAGCGUGCUUCUGAGACGUACAGUGCGCUGUGGUACUUUGCGGCUUCAUCGGUGGUGGAGAUUCCCUACGCAGCCGUUGCUUCCAUGAUCUUUGUCAGUGUAUUUUACCCGAUGGCAGGCUUCGCUGCCUACGGUGACUUUGCUCAAGUUGUGGUCUACUGGUUGGUGUUGACCAUACACAUCUUGUUCCAGACGUACUUUGGUCAGUUUUUCACAUUCGCCACCGCAAGUAUCGAGCUCGCCGCUGUCUGGGGCGCACUCUUCGACUCCAUUUUUCUCAUGUUCAUGGGCUACAAUCCUCCCUUGUCAAGCAUCCCCGACAAAUACAAAUGGCUGUCCCAUUUCGUGCCGCACCGCUACGCGUUUCAAGUGCUCACAGCGUUGGUACUUGGCGAAUGUCCGGAUGAGCAAAUGCAGCAGAUUGCAGAGGCUGCUGCCACCAACACCACGAUUGAUGUCUCAAGUUGGCCACUAGGCUGCCAACCGCUCACUGAUGCGCCUCCCGCUGUGGCCAACAUCGCGCUCGCCUCGUACAUUGAUAAAGUGUUUGGAGCCCGCCGUGAAGAUACCGCAAACUCGGUCACCGUCGUUGUCGGUAUCUUGCUCGCGAUGCGAUUAGCCACGUUGAUCGUCAUGCGUGUCAUCAACCACCAGAAGCGCUGA